AUGACCGCAACCACGCCCAACCUCACUGGCAAGAAACUCAACGUUCUAGUCUACUCCGGUUCGCUCACCCAAUCCGCAUGGAGAUCAACUAGUCUAACCAGUUCUCCUCCCUCUCCAGGUAAUGGUAGCACCGUCGAAUCCGUCCGACACUGCCUGUACACCCUCCGCCGCCUCCUCGCCCCGCACUAUGCCGUGAUCCCCGUGACCGCCGACAUGCUCAUCAAGGAGCCAUGGACGCUAACUUGCGCCUUGCUGGUGAUACCCGGAGGAGCUGAUCUGGGGUACUGUCGGUCUCUCAAUGGCACGGGCAACCGCCGCAUCGAGCAGUUUGUCAAGCGCGGUGGCGCAUACCUCGGUUUCUGCGCGGGGGGCUACUACGGCUCCAAGCGAUGCGAGUUCGAGGUCGGCGAUAAGACGAUGGAGGUGGUCGGGGAUCGGGAACUGGCAUUUUUUCCCGGGAUAUGCCGCGGCGGUGCGUUUCCGGGGUUUGUGUAUCACAGCGAGGUGGGCGCGCGCGCGGCCGACCUCAAGGUCUCCAAGGACGUACUGCAAGACGGUGUGGUGCCGGAGGGGUUCAAGUGCUAUUACAACGGGGGUGGUGUCUUUGUUGAUGCGCCACUGUAUGCCGAUAGAGGCGUGGAAGUUUUGGCCAGCUACACGGAGGAAUUGAAUGUUGAUCCUGGCGCCGGUGCGGCGGCUGUCGUCUACUGUAAGGUGGGCGAGGGAGCGGCCAUUUUGACUGGACCGCAUCCAGAGUACGUUCUUUCAGAGAAUUCAAGGGGCAAACUAACUGACGCAACGAACAGGUUCGCAGCGGCAAACCUGGACAAAAAGGCUGGGGGUGAGGAAUAUGCCAAAGUGGUGGAUGCGCUGGCAGCAGACGAUAAAGCUCGCACCGACUUCUUGAGGGCAUGUUUAUCCAAGCUGGGCCUGCAGGUCACUCAAAAUACCACGACGGUGCCAUCACUUUCGUCGUUGCACCUGUCGUCUCAGAAUCCGGCUGAUACAUCCCGGAUCCGAUCGUCGUUGCAAGAGGUGAUGGGCGCCGAGGGGGAUGGAGAAUUCAUCAAAGAUGAAAAUGAUACGUUUCGUCUCGAGAAACCUGGAACUUGGAAUAUGAGUUCGUUAGAGGAGUCCCUGCCUCGGUCUGAACAGGGUGCUAGCGAGGGUAUUGUCGAUUACAACGCAAUCAUCAAGCCUUUGGUGAUCCACGACGAGCUUCCACCCUCAAAAGCAACUCCUUAUUUCAAUCACCAUGCAUUCUACGCCAAUCUGGAACAGUACCAGUCACAGAUGCGGGAGGGUACUGGCUGUUUUGGUUCGAGCAUCAUGUAUGGCGAGGUGGUCACUAGUACAAAUACAAUUCUGGAAAAGAACCCCAAAUUACUCCGUAAACUGCCGCAUGGAUUCACAGCGACAGCAACCACCCAGGUUGCGGGCCGAGGCCGAGGCUCCAAUGUCUGGGUUUCUCCAGCAGGGGCGCUGAUCUUUUCAACAGUCGUAAGGCACCCGGUCGAAAAGAUCCAGUCUGCCCCGGUGGUUUUCCUUCAGUAUCUGGCGGCAAUGGCGGUCGUUCGGGGCAUCAAGAGCUACGACGUAGGCUUUGAGAACAUGCCGGUCAAGCUCAAAUGGCCCAAUGACGUUUAUGCUUUGGACCCCGAAAACCCGGACAAAAAGCACUAUACCAAGAUCUGCGGAAUCCUCAUCAACUCGCUCUUCUCCUCGAACGAAUACAUUGCCGUCGUGGGAAUCGGCAUCAACGCCACGAACGCCUCUCCAACUACCUCGCUCAAUGCACUAGCCUCUCGCUUUGUCUCCAACAAAUCCGCUCCAAUCACACUCGAGAAACUUCUUGCCCGGUGCCUCACCACGUUCGAGGAGCUGUACACCCGCUUCCUGCGGACCGGCUUUGACCGGGAGUUUGAGACCAUAUACUACGACGACUGGCUGCACAUGCACCAGGUCGUCACAUUAGAGGAAGAAGGCGGAGCGCGAGCUCGGAUCAAGGGUAUCACUCGGGAUUAUGGGUUGCUGCUGGCGGAGGAGUUGGGGUGGGACGAUCGACCUACGGGACGAGUGUGGCAGUUGCAGAGUGACAGCAACAGCUUUGAUUUCUUCCGAGGAUUGGUCAAGAGGAAGGUAUAG